AAAUCCAGAAUCAUAAUGGAGAUAGCCGUUCAUCCCCUAACCCAUAAUCCCACCUUAGCAUGGAAAGAAAUUUCCAAAACUCAACGUGUCAUAAAAGUGACCAUGAAACCCCCACAGACUGGUGUGGCGUUUAACAAAGCACGCGUCGUGUGUAUGAGCGAUACCCAUUCUCUGACCCCCUAUAUGAAAUUUGAUAUUCCCGAUGGUGAUAUUUUUAUUCAUGCGGGGGAUUUUACCAAAUGUGGCCACAUAGAUGAGGUGGUGGAAUUCAAUCAAUGGAUUGGUACACUACCGCAUAAGCAUAAAAUUGUAAUUGCAGGAAACCAUGAAUUAAGUUUUGAUUCAACAUUCACCCAUCCAUUUCAAAAUAAGAACAACUCAGAGAGAACAAAACACACAGGCAUGUCGAUACUCGAUGACCUGCCCACCCUGGGUAAUAACAAAGAAGAUAUUGCCGAUGCUGUAAAAACACCAAAUAUUCGUGAAGUUCUCACCAACUGUACAUAUAUAGAAGAUGAAUUACUCGAGAUAUGGGGUAUACGCAUCUAUGGUAGUCCAUGGCAACCGGAAUUUUGUAAAUGGGCUUUCAAUGUACCGCGUGGUCUACCGUGCCUAGAAAAAUGGAAUAAAAUACCAGCUGAUAUAGAUAUUCUUAUAACACAUACACCCCCUGUCGGCCAUGGUGAUCUAUGCUGUUCAGGUGUACGAGCCGGUUGCGUAGAAUUGCUGACAACCAUCCAGAAACGAGUUAAACCAAAGUAUCAUGUUUUUGGCCAUAUACAUGAAGGUUACGGCAUUACCUCUGAUGGUCGUAUAAUUUAUGUUAAUGCUUCAACGUGUGAUAUUAACUACUUGCCCAAUAAUCCGCCAAUUGUUUUUGAUGUGACACUACCACCGGGUAUGCGUAAGGAAGAUUAGAAA